AAAACUUGUGUAAUGUCAUAACUCUAUCGUCUUUUUGGCGUAUUUUAUUCAUUUGCGAAUAAAUGUGUAAUUAAAAUGGGUGGUCAUCGAUGUAUAGCUCCGAACUGUAAAUCAGGGUACGACUCAACCCGCUCCAGUGGAGAAAAAAAAGUUUUUUUCUGCGUUCCAAAGAAUGCGGUUGAGAGUUGGCAACAAGCAAUUAAGCGUACCAAAAAAGAUUUAAUUGUUAAACCUGGACACUUGGUGUGUCAAGAUCACUUUUUAAAAGAUCAGAUAAUUUGGAAAAAAGAAGUUUUAGCUCCUGAUGGAUCGGUUAUGGCCUCAGAAUGGUACAAGAAACCUAAAUUGAAACCAGGGGUGCUACCAUCUCAGUUUUCAAAGUGUCCUGAGCCUUGUUCGAAGGCUGCUAAAAAACCUCGUCGUCUACUAAAGCGCGAUUUUGUAACAAAGAAUUCUGAAAUGUCCAAUAAAAAAACAUCAGGGAAACUAAAACAUUCAGAUAUUGUAAAAAUAUUUGAAAAUGAUGCGAAUGAGAAAAGUGCUGCUAAUGUUACCGAAGAUUUCAAAAAGGAAAAAAUAUUUAUAAUCGACGGGAUAUCAGACAUUUUCCCAGUUCAUUUAAACUCGAAUAAGUGCCUGUUUGACUAUUUAUUUAAAUAUGAAAAGAGUGUAUCUUUCCCAUUGGGCUGGAUCCGAAACAUUGUUCAAACUGGUGAACUCAGGGUGGUAGUAUUUACUCAAAUGAUUGUCCGAAGAGAAAAUGGCAGCACGAAUACUAUUUGUGUUAAAAAAGUUGUAGUUGAUGACGAAAUGAAUAUAACAGUAUUUUUAAGUGAUAGAGAGAUUAAAAAGAGUGAAAUUGGAUUAACAGAUAAUCCAAUAUCAUCCAUUAACGAAAUUGAAGGUAUUUUGUCAGUAAUGCACGCUUUGAAAAUCUGCCCGGAUUUUUAUUGAAUUUUAAAGCAAAAAAACAUCCAAACGACCUUCUGUUAUGAAGACGAAGGAAAAUUGCGACAUAUUAUUGUUGCUUUUAUUUGCCUAAGAAUUCCUAAAAAAAUAAAUGUAGUCACUGCACACGUGCGAAAUAUACUUUAAAUCAAAAAAUUAUUCGUCUUAAACGAAAUGAUGACAUAAUACAAAGCUUUAAGUUAAACUCGUUUAAAUGAUAAAAAAAUCUGUGGAAAUUAUUUAAAAAAAAAAAAAAGUAUCUCGAUUUUGGAAGAAGAGGGCCAUAAAUAAUGUUAAUUUGCUACGAAAUUCACUUAAUGACUGCAGAGAAGAAAUAGCUCCAAUAUCUGCAGAUUCCUUAUCUGAAGAGUUGAAUUCUCAUAGAUUGAGCAAAAAUGAAAAAUCAGCAAUGAAGGAAAUACUUUAUGCAGCUAAGAACAGUAACAAUAGUAAGAACAAAAAGUAUUCAGAAGACUGGAUUUUGUGGUGUAUGCUUCUCCACAUGCGUUCAUCAGCAUCUUAUAAUUUCCUGAGAUAAAAUGAAUUUUUGCCGUUGCCUUCGAUUCGAGCAAUUCGAUAUAAGUACAUUUUAAGUCAAAUUUGGCUAAUAACAAGAAUUACUUACCUCUAUUUAUCGCUAAUGAAUACUCGCGAAUUUGAUCCGAAGUUUGCGGAACUUUUAAAUGAUUAUUUUAGCAAGAACCCUAGCUUGUGGCGCCACGGACUUCUUCUACUGGAUGGAAUAGGAGUACUAAAAAGUAUUUAGUUUAAUCCAAAAACAAUUUCAUUCGAAGGUUUGCAGCACUUUGGAGAUGGAAAGCAGCAGAAUAUAAAUGACCAUGCAAAUCAUGCUCUAGUUUUUUAAUUACAACCGUUAAUUUUUUUUACUUCUCCUUUUACUUCAAACGAAACUACUCCUGGUCUGAAGUUAGCACAGAUUGUCAUUCAAGCUAUUAUAUUUAUCGAAAAAACUGGUGCGAUUGUACACCGCGUUAUCUCAGACAGUGCUUGCUGACACGCCACAUUUAAUGAAAAAUGUGAGAAAUCGCAUUAACUUCAUUUAAAAUUAGCGAAUAAGAGUAAACAUUAAGAACGAAUCUAUUUCAAAUCAGGCAGGGCCUAUACUUAGACUCGCAGAAUCUCUCGAAGACGUAAUAUGUUCUUUUAUAGAGGAAAUGAGCCAAUACGUAUUUUUCCGGAUUGCAAGAAAAAAUCUAAAAAGUUACGCACAUUUGAAAUUCGUGGUUUGUUUUUUUAAAAAGCUGAAUUUUGUUAAACAUCUUUUACUUUUAAUCUAAUUGAGACAUUUAUUAUUUUCUUUUUGAUUCUAAUAGCAGCGGUUUUUCAUAAAAUAUUAAAAAUCGAUUUUCAUGAAGAACCGACCUUUGAAUUUUUUCAAUAGUUUUUUGAAAUUGUGCUUUAAUAAUGAAGAGGUCUAAUAAAUUUGAUGCUUGCUGAAUAACUUUUGCAGUCAGGAGAGUUAGUUUUUCUUACAAAUGAACUUUCUACUUUUUCUAUGAACCAAUGACAAAUACGAAAAAAUUUUAAGAUAAAACUUUGCACGAAGAAAUUAAUAA